CCCAAAAACAUAAAUCAAAAAUCAAAACUUUACAAAAACAAAAAAGAAAGAUGAGACCAGUCAACUUGGAAUGGUGCCUAAGAUUCUACGUCACAUAUUAUAACCCAAAAUAAAAAACGCGUUUUUAGCCAUUAUUACAGUCAAAAGCAUAAGAAGAAGAAGAACAAGAAGAAAGAACACAACAACAUAACCCCAUCAUCAACCCUUUUCUCAACAACUCCACAAAAAGUCCAACCUUUAACCCCAUUGAACCAAAACCCAACCCAAAAAAAGCUUAAAAACUCAAAACCCAGAUAUAUUUCAUCCUCUUAUUGCACAAAGAUUCAAUCUUUUUUCUUCUUCUUCAGAAAAUGAUAUCAAUCCAUUGACCAAUCAAACCAACAAAAAUCAAACCACCAUGGCUGAUAAUAAGUUAAUGAGGGUAGUUACAGCUAGUUCAAGCUCAGAUGCUUUGACCACCACACUUUGUAACUCAAUCCAAGCUUUGGGUAGGGGAUUUGAUGUUACUUCUGAUAUUAGGCUUCUUUACUGUAAAGGGGCACCUGGGUCAAGGCUAUUGAAGCUUGAUGAGGUUGAAAAAAGGGAUCUUGUUCUCUCUAAUGGAGUUGUUGUACCUAAUGUUCCAGCUGAUAUUGAUUGCUCUCCUGGUAAAAGAGCAACUGAGAAAGUUCCUGUUUGCAAUUUCCAUGAGAUGGCGGAGUACUUCAAUAAGAAAUCAGAUAUCUCGGGCAACAUUCCCCUUGGAAGUUUCAAUUCAAUGUUCAAUUUUACCGGUUCCUGGCAAGUUGACGCUGCAACUACCAAAUCUCUUGCCAUGGUUGGAUACAUAAUUCCUCUUUUUAAAGUUAAACUAGAAAAGCCGAAUUUAGUAUUGCGUGAGGAAGUUAAGCGAGCCGUUCCUUAUUCUUGGGAUCCUGCAGCAUUGGCAAGUUUCAUUGAAAAUUUCGGAACACAUAUUGUUACUUCUGCAACAAUCGGUGGAAGAGAUGUAGUUUACAUAAGGCAACACCAGUCAUCCCCUUUGACAGCAUUGGAUAUAGAGAAUUAUGUGAAAGACAUGGGCGAUCAUAGAUUUCAGGACUCGAAUAGUCAGUCAACCGUCGGCCCUUUAAAAUACAAAGACAAGGAUGUUACAGUAAUUUUUAGAAGACGAGGGGGAGAUGAUCUCGAGCAAAGUCAUUCGAAGUGGGCAGAAACUGUAGGAUCAGCACCUGAUGUAAUUAACAUGACAUUUACUCCAAUUGUUUCUUUACUUGAAGGAGUACCUGGAAUAAAGCAUUUAGCUCGUGCGAUCGAGCUAUAUUUGGAGUUCAAACCACCGAUCGAAGAUCUACAGUAUUUUUUGGAUUUUCAAAUCGCUCGAGUUUGGGCUCCCGAGCAGAAUAACCUGCAAAGAAAGGAGCCCGUUUGUUCGUCUCUUCAGUUUAGUUUGAUGGGUCCCAAGCUUUAUAUCAGCCCUGAUCAGGUAACAGUUGGCCGAAAGCCAGUCACUGGGCUAAGACUAGCUCUAGAAGGGAUCAAGCAGAACCGACUCACCGUACAUAUACAGCAUUUAGUGUCUCUUCCCAAAAUCCUCCAACCUCACUGGGAUACACACAUAGCCAUCGGUGCACCAAAGUGGCAAGGUCCAGAGGAGCAAGAUAGCCGAUGGUUCGAACCAAUCAAAUGGAAGAAUUUCUCUCAUGUAAGCACCGCACCAAUAGAGUUUACAGAGUCUUGCAUAGGAGACCUUUCUGGUGUUCACAUAGUAACUGGAGCUCAGCUCGGUGUUUGGGAUUUCGGUGCCAAAAAUGUUUUACACCUCAAACUCCUCUUCUGCAAAGUACCCGGUUGCACAAUAAGGCGAUCUGUUUGGGAUCACAACCCGACCGCUCCAUCUUCAGUACAGAAACCCGACGGUUCUUCAUCAUCAUCAUCAUCAUCACAAGUAAACAACAAAACCCCAGAAGAUAAAAAGGAAGAUAGCUCAACACAAGCUGGAAAACUCGCCAAAAUUGUUGACUCGACAGAAAUGUCAAAGGGUCCACAAGAUAUUCCCGGUCAUUGGUUGGUAACAGGUGCUAAGCUCGGUGUAGACAAAGGAAAGAUCGUUAUGCGAGUGAAGUACUCUUUGCUGAACUACUGACCAUUUUUUUUCUCCCUUUCUUCGGAUUUUGUAACUUUUUUAGGCUUUCUUAGUAGGAAUUUUUAGUUGAGCAUUCUUUGCACAGGCAGUUGAUGAUCCUGUUCUUUUGUACAUGUUCAUUUUGUUUGUAAACCAUUUUCGGUUACUGUCACAACAAUCAUUAUUUGUCUGAGAUUUUUCAUUCUUAUAAUUUGUUAUAACUAGAAGUUAUGUUGUUGUUGAGUAAUAAUAUAUAUAGUUGUUUUA